UUUUGCGCCGACAAAAAGUCGUGACUCACGACCCCCCAUAUAAGACGCCUGGCUAUUUAAAGAGCCUUAACAAGCAGCUGAUAACGUGAUCCCGAGCGGCUGCUCUUCUUAGCUUGAGUUGCCCCGUCGUGUUUUGCAGGUACAGUAGGAAGGAAGGCGUGCGGAGGACAACAUGGCCAAGACUCGGACAAUCUACCUGCAGCUGGACAAGGUCCUGGAGGAGGUCUUCGUCCUGGGCACUGAGCUGGUCAUGGACAUUUACCAUGUGGCACCGCCGGGGGCAGAGAGCUUCUCUGUGAGUGCCAGCGUGGACGUCACGUGCUGGGUGAGCACGCCGUUCAGGUCGGCGGCCAACGACGCACGCGGCCGCGUGGCCGUGGGGACCCAGGUGCACGCUCAGGUGCUCACGCCCAGCCAGGAGGUUGGUGACAAGAAGAUGUCCGUGACCUUUUACGGAGAAAAGGCUGACGUUGCCCUGGCCAAAGCUCGAGUUUACCUGACGGCCAUUGGCCUCUCCCUGGAUGUGGACUCUGAUCGAGAUGGCAUCGUAGAGCAAAACCACCCUAACAAGGCGACGUGGAAGUGGGGACCCAACGGGCAUGGCGCCAUUCUUCUGGUGAACUGCGACAAGGAGACGGACUCCACCCCAAAACCCGACAACGAGGACCGCUACCUACAGGGGGCAGCAGACCUGCAGGACAUGUCGCCCAUGCUGGUUCGUACCCGAGGUCCCGCCAAGCUGCCGCCCGGCUACAGCCUCCAGCUGCACACCCUCGAGUCGCAGCACGCCGGCGUCUUCCACGUACCUGAUCUGAGCAAGGUGAUAGGCACGGAGAGCCAUUCGCUGGGGCCGGGCAAGUCGAGCUACUUGUUCGAGUACCCGGGUCGUGGCGGAGAGGUUAAACUCUUCGUGGAGGGGCUAAGCUUCCCGGACGGCGACUUCAACGGAUUUGUUCUCUUCCACCUCAGCCUCCUCCAGAGCAUCCUGCCGGGCAAACAGAGCACACCGAUUUUCACCGACAGCGUGGUUUUUCGUGUGGCUCCGUGGAUCAUGACUCCAAAUACCCAGCCGGCGCUGGAGGUCUUCAUGUCAAGGGUCGACUCGAAUGCGGUGUUCAUAAAGCAGAUGACCACCCUCGCUCACCUGGCCGGGUGCACGCCAAUUGAAAUACAGGUCAAUAUGGACGUGUGGAUGCAGGACGAGAUGGAGUUUGGCUACUGCGAGUGUCCCACCAAGGUCAUACCGGUCGUGUUCGACUCCCCGCGGGACCACGAACUUAAGGCCGUGCCGAUCCUUCUAACGGGCAAGGACUUUGGCUAUGUGACGCGGAAGACACGGAGAGGCGAAUGGGUGAACAGCCUGGACUCGUUCGGAAACCUUGAGGUGUCGCCCCCCGUCAUCGUGAGGGGCAAGAAAUAUCCACUCGGGCGCAUCAUCAUCGGCAGCGCCUUCCCCGGAGAGCGCGCGGGGCGCAAAAUGGCCCGCGCCGUGCGCGAGUUCCUGUUCGCGCAGCAGGUGCAGGCGCCCGUUGAGCUCUACAGCGACUGGCUCAGCGUGGGCCACGUCGACGAGUUCAUGAGCUUCGUGCCGGCGCCCGACCGCAAGGGGUUCCGGCUGCUGCUCGCGAGCCCCAACGCGUGUCUCCGUCUCCUCAAGGAGCUGCACCAGCAGGGCCACGGCCAGAGGCGCCUCUUUGAGAGCUGCCCAGACGUUGUCUCAUCCUUGGAGCGCAAGAUGAAGAUUCAGGACAUCCUCGAUGACAUAAACAUCACGACUGAAAACAAUAAUGUGCAGCGCUGCAUUGACUGGAACCGCGACGUGCUCAAGAGGGAGCUGGGCCUGGAGGAGGCGGACAUCAUCGACCUCCCCGUGCUCUUCUUCCUCAACGAGAGCAAGGCCGAGGCCUACUUCCCCGACGUGGUGAACAUGGUGGUGCUCAACAAGCAACUGGGCAUCCCAAAGCCAUUCUGGCCGCACGUGGACGGGCAGUGCCCACUGGAGAGACGCGUGCGCUCCCUGCUCGAGCCCCUGGGCCUCGCUUGCCACUUCAUCGACGACCUGAAGACCUACCACCUCAAUCAGGGCGAGGUGCACUGCGGCUCCAACACUCGCCGCUCACCCUUCGCCGGCGUCCGCUGGUGGGACGUGGACCCCCUGUGAGACCCGUCAAGCCCCUGGGCGUGAAGACGACAGCCCACGUCAUGCCGAUGGCCCGUCCUCCGCUGGAUCGUCCGAGCCAAGCCAGUGCGAGGCCCGCAUGUGUUAUUGUGCAUAUAAUUAUAAUAACACACAUUACAACUAAUUACUAAUCUACAACUCAUUACUAAUCAUAACCAUUGACUGAUUAC